AUGGAUAGCCACCACUCCGACGACGACCGGGGCUCCUCGAGCAAGGCGCCGCUGAACCCGGCCACCAACGGCGGCUUCAAGCCCCAGCAGAAGAUGCGGGUGGAGCGCCCCAAGCCGGAGGACCUGCAGCGGAGCUACGCCAGCGUGGUGGACGAGGUGCACUUCCCCGGCUGGUACGGUGCCAUGGUCAACUGCCUGGGCGAGGUCAUCGGCACGAUGGGUGCUAUUCCUUGCUGCAUCUGCUGCCCGAACCCAUUCAAGAAGGUCAACCAGGGCAAUGUUGGGCUGGUCACCAAGUUUGGCCGCUUCUACAAGGCUGUUGAUCCGGGCUUGGUCAAGAUCAACCCGCUCAGCGAGCACCUCACGUCGGUUGAUGUGAAGAUCCAGAUUGUCGAGGUCGGCCAACAGACAUGCAUGACCAAGGACAACGUAACCCUUAACCUCACCAGCGUCAUCUAUUACCACAUCGUGUCCCCCCACAAAGCCGCCUUCGGCAUCUCCAACAUCCGCCAAGCCCUCAUCGAGCGCACCCAGACCACCCUCCGGCACGUGGUCGGCGCGCGCGUGCUGCAAGACGUGAUCGAGCGGCGCGAGGAAGUGGCCCAGAGCAUCGGCGAGAUCAUCGAGGACGUGGCCGCGGGCUGGGGCGUGCAGGUGGAGAGCAUGCUGAUCAAGGACAUCAUCUUCAGCCAGGAGCUCCAGGAGUCGCUGUCGAUGGCGGCGCAGAGCACGCGUAUCGGCGAAAGCAAGGUCAUCGCGGCCAAGGCCGAGGUCGAGGCUGCCAAGCUGAUGCGCCAGGCCGCUGAUAUCCUGUCGUCUGCCCCCGCCAUGCAGAUCCGCUACCUCGAGGCUAUGCAGGCUAUGGCUAAGACCGCCAACAGCAAGGUCAUCUUCCUGCCUGCUACCAACCAGACCAUGCCUAGCCAGGCUGCGUUCAACGCUGCUAUGGAGAAUGUCGAUGGCGUCGGCGCCUCGGGCUCGAAUGAUGGUGCCCAUGACUACGGCUCGGGUAAUCAGGGCUUUCAGCAGGCGAUGAAUGCCCGGGUGAUUGAGAACAUCUAA